AUGAGUAGUCCGAAAAAAACAGUUUAUUCUUGUCUAAUGGAAGCCAACAUUAACAAUUCUCAACCGCUAACCAAAGCCAAAGCCCCACAACCUCCAAGAACUGGCACAGCUGUUAGAAUAACCACCAAAAAGUCUAACAGCGAAUUAAGAGAAAUUCUUCAACAAAUUUGCUCUAAAUAUCUCAAAGACGCCGAAGAAAACACACAACCAGACGCUACAUACAAUACUCAGUUCUGUGAAGUUCUGAACAAAGCAAUUGCUAGUUCAAUUGAACUUACUAAGACAAUUCCAAGUCCAAUUGAGCUUAGCGAUGUCUUAGUUCAGUAUUUUCCAACAUUUACUAAGCUUAUAAUGUUGAGAACUUUAUACCAAGUUCGUCAAAAUCUUCCUCGUUACAUGCAACGGUCAUUCGACAAGAGAAUUGCCGAAUUCCAAGUCUUUAGUUACGGAUAUGACGAAGAUGAAUACAUUGACGAGUUCGGAGACAACUGUACAAAAUGGUUUGAAUGCUAUACGACAACACAAUUUGAAUUCGACUUUCUCGAAUUCAACGCAGCAA